GACCUCGUAAACCAGACAACACAACUAAGUAAAGUAACACACUCUCACAUUAACAACAUAACACACUUUCAAAUGCAUAUCUCUUAUAACCCCAGUUGGCAACUUUCCACCUUUCAUUUCUUACCAUAUCCCUCUCUAGUCUCCACUACUGUUGUGUGACCUGAGCCUUGUUCCAAGCACAGCAUUUAUUGCUAUUCUAUAUAAGAGACUACCAAAGCCAUCACAACACACUAGGGAAUAUAUUUGGAGGGUGCUACUGUUACUACUCAUAUGGGGUCUCCUUCUGCUUCUUCCGGGUUACAUUUAUUACCAUUCUUUUCUUAGUAUCACUACCAUACGGAAUGUUGGUCACCCUCUAAGUAAGAAAGAAACCAUUUAAUUAACACCAUUUCAUCACUGCUCAGCUUUCAUGCUCAUGGAGAGACCCCUCAAUUCAUGUUUUUUCGGAGAUCACUUGGGUUUGGACCAAGUUCUGGUGGACGCAGAAGGCUUGAGACUUGAGGAGGAAGAGCAACUUCUGAUAUCAAGCUUAGAGGACAACAUGCCAUUCCUUCAGAUGCUUCAGAGUGUGGAAUCCCCACAGAUUUUCCCUCUCAAAGAGCCAAACUUUCAAACGCUCCUGAGGCUUCAGCACCUCAAGAAACCAUGGGAGGGUUUAGCAUGCAUUCCGAGAAUGGAAGCAGCAUUGGAGCUAGAGAGUUGUGUGACACAUGACAUGUUGGAGAUGCAGUCACCAGUGAAGUCAGAAAGCAAUGAGCUCCAACACCCUCUUUCAGUUUCAUGUGUUGAGAAAGUGAGCUAUGAGUGCAACCAGGAACAACACCACAAAACGGCACAAUCAUGCCCCAAAUCUCAGCCUGCAGCCAUAAGGGAAAGGAGAAAGAGAAAAAGAACAAGGCCAAGCAAGAACAAGGAAGAUGUGGAGAACCAACGCAUGACACACAUUGCUGUCGAACGCAACCGGCGACGCCAAAUGAAUGACCACCUCACUGUCCUAAGGUCCCUCAUGCCCCCUUCAUAUAUUCAAAGGGGUGACCAAGCCUCAAUAAUUGGGGGUGCAAUAGAUUUUGUGAAGGAAUUGGAGCAGUUGCUUCAGUCCCUGGAGGCACAAAAAAGGAUGAGAAAGAAUGAAGAGGGUGGUGGUGGUUCUUCUUCACAACCAUCAUCAUUAUUAUCACCACAUGGAUAUGGAGUGAGGUCAUCAUCGAGUGAGGAAAUGAACUGUGGAGAUGAGGUUAAGGCAGAAAACAAGUCAGAGGCUGCAGACAUAAAGGUGACCUUGAUUCAAACCCAUGUGAACUUGAAAAUUGAGUGCCGAAGGAGGCCAGGGCAAUUGAUAAAAGUCAUUGUUGCUUUGGAGGACCUUAGGCUAACCAUUCUGCACCUCAACAUCACAUCCUCAGACACUUCUGUCCUUUACUCCCUCAAUCUCAAGAUUGAAGAAGACUGUAAGCUAUGUUCAGCAAGUGACAUUGCAGAAGCGGUUCAUCAAAUAUUCAGCUACAUUAAUGGAAGCUAAGACCACUAGCUCCAAUCUUAGGGAGUGGUAGCAGAGGAAUAAAGGACGAAUCAUUGCAAGGAACGGGGAACACAGGGAACCCAUUUCUUGUCUACAUAUCAAUAUGAGAUGUAUGAUGUUAGGUAGCUCAGAGAUAAUAGAUGGUACUGCAUGAGAUGAGGAUAUAUAAGGCAUGUGACAUUUGCUCUCUUGUGUUAAUUUAAUUAAAAUGAUGCUACUGUUGUUGUAUAAUACAUGGUGUUGCAUGUUAAUUUGUUUCUUUGGUGCUUUGAGAUUGAUGGAUUGUGGUAUGGUACAAGAGGGUAGGGCCCAUAGAGGAAGGACCCACUUUUGAAAAUGUUGGAGUUCUCAUCAUUACAAUUUACAAGGAGGAGAAUGAUGCUUCUCUUUUUA